CGCAGAGAAAUUUCGAGUAGUUGAAUCAAAAAAUUCCAUUUUUGAACUCAACAAUUCAUUAUUGUUAUUUCGAAAAAUAAUUAUAAUUGGAUCAACAAUACUCGCUGUGUGUAGGUCUAGUAUAGUCAGCAAAGAAACCGCCAUUUUGCAAACAUUCAAAAGUUAAAAUGAGUUCGCCGGAAGAACAUGUACAGCAGGAGGUUGCAGUGGAAGAAGUGUCCGCUGAAAUUAUUGAAACCGUCGAUUUGUUAAAUGGAUUUGGGUUAUCGGUGUCGAUAAUUGAGAGCUUUAUCGCUAACGAAUACACCGCUGAAACAUUGCGCAUCAUCGAGCGACGCGAGGUGGAAGAGCUGAUUCCGGUUCCGUUUCUGGCCGAGCGAACUAAAUGUAUCAACGGGUUAAAUACCUGGAGAAAAGCUCAGGGCCUCCCCACGCUGGUAGAUCGUAUACCAUUGCAGUCAAUUUUGCCUUCCACGGAGAACACUGUAACCCGAGAAAACUGCACAGCUGCAUAUUUGCUUGGCUCUUCACCCAAAGGACAACAAAUUAUCCAGCAAUAUAGGGACGAGAAGUUCCUGUCACGAAGCGACAAAAAAAGCAUCACGCAUAUUGUUGUAGAUGAGUUCAAGGAUCGGUUUUCCAAACUGACUCCUACUGAGUUGCUGGAUAGAGCGAUCGAACUGCAUAGACUUUUUCCAAGCGAGCCACAGGAAAUUUGGUAUCAGCCCACAUGGACCAAGGACAGUGCUGGUAAAAAAAUCAAAAUACGUAAACAGGCAAAGGGAAGAUUAUAUGAUCGUAACGUUAAUUAUAAGGAAGCGACGAAAGACAAACCGAUACAGCCAUCAUCAUCGCAACAGCAUCAACAAGCUGAAGGAGGACAUUGUUUUACGGAUCAGCAAGGUAAGCCAAAUCAAAAACUGAAGUGCUUCUCUAUAUUACCAAUAAUAUGCCUCCUGUUAUAGUUGCCGACUUUAAACAAACUAUAAACUGGAUAACUCACAAUCAGGAUGAAUGGGAUGAAGUUAAACAUAAAUGGAAAAAUACAAGUGCACAGAGGAUUUACGAAUUAUUAAAACUCAAAAA